AUGUCAUCACUUCAAAUCUUGUCAUCGAGGACCAACAAGCUCAUGGGAUCCAUACCUAGUGAGAUUGGAAAUUUAUCAUCUCUUGAAGUUUUAUUGCUUGGAGAAAACUACUUCAAGGGUAUGAUACCUAGAGAAGUAAGCUACCUUUCUAAAUUGGAAUGGAUUGAUUUUGUCAAUAAUAAUCUAAGUGGUACUAUACCCGAAGGGCUCUUCAACGUUACUACAUUGCGUACAAUUAAUCUGGCAAAUAAUCAUCUUUUGGUGGUUCCAUUCCCAACUCUCUUGAAAACCUUAGCCUUCUCCAAGUUCUUUGGAAUGUCAGUAAAUGAACUGGCAUCUGUUCCUUCCUCGCCACAAUUAAGAUUCAUAACUUCUCUUACAAAAUGCAGAAAGUUGAAAUCACUACUUGUGGGUGGUAAUAUUCUGCAUGGCACUCUUCCCAGAUCCAUUGGUAAUAUGUCUUCCACUCUACAAUUCUUUGCUGCAGACAGUUCAGGGUUGUAUGGCACCAUCCCAGAUGAAAUUGGCAAUCUAACUGGCCUAGAAACUAUAGAAAUGUCUGCUAAUGACUUGAGUGGAACAGUUCCAAAGACAUUACAUAGGCUUGCACGUUUGUAUUUGGCAGGAAACAAAUUAAGUGGUCCAUUAACUAGGAAUCUUUGUAAGGUGCAGAAUUUGGGAGAAAUUUAUUUGAGCGAAAAUGGACUUUCGGGUCCCAUCCCGGAAUGCUUAGGGAACGAUACUUCUCUAAGAUAUAUCCACCUUGAUUCAAAUAGAAUGAAUGGUAUAAUACCUUCAAACCUUUGGAACUUGAAAGACCUCUUGACGCUCAACCUGUCCUGCCUUAUCCUAGCUCUGGAAGUGGGAGUUGUGUUGAUUACUUUUUGGAGAAAAAAUAAGCAUAUAAAGAAUAUUGAAGAAUUGUUACGUGUUAAAGAAGUGGAGAGAGUAUCAUACUAUACACUUUUACAUGCAACAGAUGGAUAUAAUGAGAAGAAUGUGAUUGGUGCUGGAAGUUUUGGCACAGUGUAUAGUGGGAUUCUUGAAGAUGGAACAAUUUUAGCCAUAAAGGUGUUUGAUGUGCAACUGGAAGGUGCAUUCCAAAGCUUUAUUGUCGAAUGCAAGAUAAUGUUCGACAUUCGCCAUCGAAAUCUUGUUAAACUGUUAGGCUUCUGCUCCACCCCAAAUUUAAAAUCCCUGGUUCUUGGGUACAUGCCAAAAGGGAACCUUGAUGACUGGUUGUAUACCCAAGAUCGUUUCUUGGACAUCACUCAAAGAUUGAACGUAAUGAUUGAUGUUGCAUAUGCACUUGAAUAUCUUCACUAUGGUUAUCCAAAACUCGUGGUUCAUUGUGAUCUGAAGCAAAGUAAUAUUUUCCAAGAUGAGGACAUGGUUGCUCGUGUUGGUGAUUUUGGAAUCGCAAAGCUCCUGGGUAGUGAUGAUAGCAUUGCAUACACAAAAACCCUUGCUACAUUGGGUUACAUUGCACCAGGUGAAAAAUCUUUUGUCCUUAGCUUGUUUCAGUUUUCUUUAACUUCCUGA